AUGGGACAAGCAGUAAACAUCAAACCAUAUGACAAGUCCAUGCCAAUCAGAGAAUCAAGAAGAAAAUUAUGGAAUCAAGAAUCCUUUACUUUGACAUUUUCCAAACCACCUCAGCCAGGUAGAAAAAAGAUAUCAAGACCUUCAGAAUUACAAAUCACAGUUCCUAAAAAUUCCAAGAAAAAUACUCACCCAUAUGAGACAACUAUAGAAUCCAAGGAAACAGGAAAUGAUAAAAAAUCUAAAAUAGCAAACAAAGAAGAUAAAACUCCAUCAAAAUCAUUACAUGCAAGUGAACUAUCUAAGAAGUCAAAGUACAAGUCUGGGAUAAAUCCAAAAUCCAAAAAUUAUCAGAAAGUCUUAAUACAUCCAAAAAAUAGUAGAACUUUUAAAAAUUCCAAGGAUACAGACAUUGAACCCAUAUGUACAAAAAAGGAUUCUAAGAGCUCAAAGAACAAUUUUAAUGCCAAAUCUGAGGCUUGCUCAAAAAAUAAUUCCAACAUGAAUUUAAUGCUUUAUUUAGAGGAGUCUGGUGCUGAAUCUAUGGAAUUCGAUAUGUGGUUAAAGAAUUACUCACAUAAUAAUUCAAAGAAGCCUGCAAAGAAAGACUCAAAGAAAAGCUCUGAUGCUGAAUCUGGAGAUUCAAAAGAUGCAAAGAAAGAUAAAAAAAAGAAAGGAGACAAGAAGAAGAAGAAGAAUGCAAAGGACACAGAGUCUACUGAAGCGGAAUCUGGGUCUGGACUGGAGUCAAAAAAAGGUAAGAAAGAUUUGAAGAAAGGUAAGAAACCUUCAAAGAAAGAUGACAAGAAAAAGGAUAUCAAGAAGGAAGUAUUGUCAACUGAUGAUGAUCCUGAAUCUGAAUCGAUCUCAAAAAAGGGUGAAAAAGAUGAAAAAAAUAAGAAAGAGUUAAAGAAAAGUGAGAAAAAGAAGCCUGCAAUGAAGUCUGAAAAGUCUAGUGAAACUGAAUCUGAUUGGGAGUCAAAAAAGGAUAAGAGAGAUUCAAAGAAAGCUACUAAAAUGCCAAAGAAAUAUUCCAAGAGAAAGGAUGCAAUGAAAAACAUAGACUCUACUGACACUGAAUCUGAUGUGUCUUUGAAGAAAGCCACAAAAAAGCCUGUAAUAAGCAAAAGUUCAGGUACUGAAUCUGAAGAGUCAAUGUAUAAAGCUGGGUCUAAAAAGAAAUUUGUUUAUGAAUCUGAUGCAACAUCUACAGAUUCAAAGAAGGAAGCACUGGAAAGAAAAAGAAAUGUUAAAAUGUCAUUCAGAAGGUCCUCAUUUAAAGGAAGAGGAAAAAGCACAAUUAUAGGUAGAGUUCCUCCAUCAAGAGAGAGUUCACUACCAUCUCCUUGCGAGCCUUUACACCUAUCACCUAAGAUCAAACAUAUCUGUCGGUGCAAGUUGGAUCCUCCAAAACCAAAACCAAGAUAUGCUCCUUUGCUAUCAAGAGCUCCUUUCCUUGUAUAUAGCCCCAUGGAUAUACAGGGUAACGAAGGCAUAGUGCAAGUCAGUGUAGAUGUUUGUGCGCUUAUCCUUACUGAGAUAUAA